GAUUAACAGCAUCUUACUCAUCUGUAAAAAUAUUUAAGUGGCUUUUUUUUACAGGUUUUUAUUCAUCAAAGUAGUUUUGGAAAAAGAGGAGCGAAUCUUCUGCUGAAUCGCAAACACGAUGAGGCUGGAAAGUGUGUCUUUGCAGCAGUAUGUCAUGUUUUCCUGUGUAAAUAUAUGAUUUUGACCUUUUUUUUUUUUUUUUGAUCCCUCCCUUGGUUUUUCAGUUGUUGUGGAAAUGUUCAGUUUGAAUCUUUGAAGUCAUUUCCUGCCGUGAAAUACAACCAUUUCCUGAGAGAUACACAAACCCACAUUUUACUGGUGCUCAUAGGUGCACACAUGUGUGCAUCUCGAACAGAGAGCAAAGAAAGGCAGUGAACAAGGAGCUCGAGUGUCAGAGGUUAAUGAGCGAGUCGCUCCGACCUGGGAUGAAGAGGGAAAGCGUUCAGGUCAAAGGUCAGGCUUUUUAAGGAAACAAGAUUUUACCUUUGGAGGAUAUUGUUGUUCCCGUAUUCCCCCAUAAAAUUUAAAACACAAAAAAGGAGAUUUUCGGUGUCGAAAAUUAGCAAAAAAACAGACCUGAAGUUAAAUUGCGAUGGAAAAUUUACCUAUUUACCACGGACCCAUCGGCAAGGAGGAGGGCGAGCGGCGGCUGGGCCAGGACGGGCGUGACGGGUGUUAUCUGAUCCGUAACAGCGACUCGUUGGCAGGCGUUUACUGCCUGUGUGUGCUGUGCAAGGGUUUCGUCUACACCUACAGACUCUACCAGGACGACACCGGUUCAUGGGCGGCAGAAACAACCCCCGGCGUGCCGAAACGGUGUUUUCGACAGAUCAAGAAUCUGAUAAGAGCCUUCCAAAAGGCCGAGCAGGGAAUCGCCAUGCCGCUGCUGUACCCCAUCACCGCCCAGGGGCGGGCGGACACCCAGUCGCUCGGCAGCCUGUCGCCGCCUCCCGGCGGUCAUCGCUCUUCCAUCCAGCAGCAGAUGCCGAAUGCCGUUCAGAAAAACAGGAACCAGAAGGAGGUGCGGCAAACUUAUGGUUAGGGGCAAACCCUACACUCAACCCUGAACUACAGUUUCGAAAAACACGUCGACUCCCACUCUUACAUUGACUAUGUGUGAUUUUUCUUUUUUUUUUCUUUCUUGCCCAAAUCAAAUUUUUUUUUACUUUUUAAACUUCCUCUGUGCUGUAAAAUACCGAACUGCUUUAACAUUCAAGUUGACAAUAAAUAUUGGUCUCUGUGUAAUUGUUUUCUGUGAAGGAAGAGGAAAUAAACGUCUUUAAAUAAGGUCA